CCCAAACCCAAGUAUCAGACACCACCGCCGGAGGUUGCCAUGGACACCUUCUUCCUGUCGCACGGCGCGCCGACGGUCUGCAUCGACGAGACGAUCCCGGCGCGGAGCUUCUUCCAGUCGUGGCUGCCGGCGGCGAUCGCGGGCACGCAGGCGCCGCGCGCCAUCCUGGUGGUGUCGGGUCACUGGGAGACGGACGCCCCGGCGGUCAACGUCGUCCGCGGCACCAACGACACCAUCCACGACUUCCAUGGCUUCCCGGACCAGAUGUACAAGCUGACGUACCCUGCGCCCGGCGCGCCUGACCUGGCCGAGAGGACCAAGAGGCUCCUGGAGGACGCCGGGUUCGGGCCGGUGGGCGAGGAGCACGGCCGCGGGCUCGACCACGGCGCCUGGGUGCCGCUGAUGCUCAUGUACCCCGACGCCGGCAUCCCGGUGUGCCAGCUCUCCGUGCAGACGGAGAGGGACGGCACGUACCACUACGACGUCGGCAGGGCGCUGGCGCCGCUCCGGGACGACGGCGUGCUCAUCCUCGGCUCCGGCACCGCCACGCACAACCUCGCCAGGAUGGGGCCUCACGACGCGCCGCCGCCGCAGUGGGCCUCCGACUUCGACACCUGGCUCAAGGAUUCGCUCAUAGACGGGAGGUACGAGGACGUGAAGCGAUACAAGGAGAAGGCGCCGCACGCUGAGGUGGCGCACCCAUCGCCGCAUCAUUUCUACCCGCUGCACGUCGCGCUCGGCGCCGCCGGGGAGGAGUCCAGGGCGGAGCUGAUCCACCACAGUUGGACCAACACCAGCAUCUCCUACUCUUCAUACCGUUUCAGCACCAAGAUAUAACGGCCUUGAGUUAUUUGGUUUGUACUAAUAAAUUGGUUGAGGCCAUGAGAAAUGAACUUUUUUGUG